AUGGACUCGGAGCCCAGUGCCGACCCCGUGUCAAUCUUCAACAUGGCAUGCACCGAAUUCCGAUCGUCCCUGUCAAAAGAGCAGCUCGACAUCUUCCAGGAAUACCCCAACGCCAAAUCCAUGUUAACAGCAGUCCAAAGUCAAGCGCAAAACCAUCCCAGCCAAAAAAGCACCCUGAUGCGAUGCUGCAAAGGCGUCUCAGCACUAGCCGAACGACUGGACCCAUUCUUCGAGAUUGUUUCCCUGUUUGUCUCUUCGCAUCCAGAGUUUGCCGCCAUUGCUUGGGGUUCUCUGCGUCUCGUAUUCAUGCUGGGAACGAAUCAUGCGCAGUUUCUCAAAGGUGUGUGCGAAUUAUUCCAGGCUAUGAGCCUGAAACUGCCCAUAUAUGAAGACUUCAUUAGAAAAUGGACAAGUCUCCAUUCCGGCCGCCAACCUCCUGUCCGGCUGAUUACUGCAAUGGCGUACAUAUAUGCGGACCUUAUUCAGUUCUGUUUCGAUAUAUGUCAAAUAUUUUCUCGCAAGCGAUCCGGAUUUCUGUCCAUCAGAGGGUCUUUCAUCCACUCACUAUACAAAACAUCCCUGAAUCCCUUCAAUGUUCGGUAUGACGUACUGCUCAGAAGAUGGGACGAGCACCAAAGGCUCGUCGAGUUGGAGAUAUCUACCUGCACCGGCAUGGAACAGCUGGAGACUGCGGAAAAGAUAGACCGCAUUCUGAAAAAGUUCUCUGAGAAGGAGAUGUUUGAAGAUGACCGCCAUGCUACGUGGAGAAAUUUCGACUUCAUCAAUCAUAGCCUCCAGGCGUGGAUCAACUCGCCAGCGUGGCUUACUCUCUUCGAAAUUGCCCAAAGACAACGAGAAUUGGAUAGCACUGAAUGGUUUAUUGACCACGAACUUGUGUCUCAGUGGAUUUCGCAUAAAGAGAAUGAAUGCGCGUCACCCCAAGUGUUAUGGGUGCUAGGAAAGCCUGGUUUCGGCAAAACAACACUUUGCACAACCCUCAUCGAGACCCUGCAGAAGCGUCACCACACAGCCAACCAGCAAGAUGGUCGAGUCGCCCUCACCUUUUUCUACUUCAACAAGCAAAGGCGAGACAGUGUAUCGAGCGGAGCAGUAUGGAGAGCCGUUCUCAUGCAACUCUUCAAUAUCAUGCCCGCUUUCGACCCAGAUGUCAUGGAUUGCUUUCUGUUGUUCCGCGAAAGUUCCAAGGCCAGCGGCCAACCUGUGGCGUCCGACAACGAGAUCCUAGCCGUAUUAUGUCUCCUGAUCCAACGGCUGGAUCAUCUGAUCCUUAUUGUGGACGGAAUUGACGAAUGCGAGGACCAGAUGCAGUUUUGGCGCUGCUUGGAUGUCAUCCGGGGCGGUUCUGCCACAGUUUCGGUUGCUCUAUUCAGCAGACCAUCUGUGAUGCUUCCGGGGACUAUGAAGAGUAGUACCGCAACGCUACAUCUAGACAGUGCGCUUAACCUCGACGAUAUUUGCCUAUUUCUGCGCCCAAGAAUCAUGAGUAUCCUUGAUUCAGGUCUGCUGCCACAGCUGUACGACUUGGAUGAAAUGGUUGAUCAGAUAGCACAAAGAGCAAGUGGAAUGUUUCUCUGGGCGUUACUAUUUGUCGAAUACAUUCAAUCACCUCAUCUUUCCACCCGAGAACGGCGCCAUGCUCUUCAAAAUCUCAAUCGCCUUCAGGGUCUCGACUUGCUUUACGACGCGAUUCUGAAGAGCCUGAUCCAGAAAGGCAGUAGUGCUCGUUCAAGCACAGUGCAGGUUUUUGAGCUUGUGAUGCAUUCGAUUCGUCCGCUGCACAUUAUAGAGCUUCAACAUGUUAUAGCUAUCCCGCUGGAUAGGAGCCUUGAGCUAGAUGACUUGAUUCCGGGCUUCGCUCGAAACCUGGGACUCUUGUCUGGGGCGUUGAUGGAAAUAGAUCAAAAAGGGUUUGUUCGCUUCGUGCAUCUAUCCAUCAUUGAGUACCUUGGGCAGGCGAAAGGCCGGAGUGCUGAUGGUUGCGAUGUAUUAUCCGAGUUCAUGGUGGACAGCCACAGAAGUCAUGUAUCAUUGGCUUGUCGAUGUCUUUCCUAUCUCUACCAUACCGUGACACCUGAACCAUUGGCUGGCUCUAGCCGUAUAACUCCGGAUCGCGAAUCCGUAGUCAAGCAAUAUCCGUUUCUGGAUUAUGCGACCGAGUUUUGGAGCUUCCAUGCCUUGGAAUGCAUGGAGACGGUCGCUGCUUUAUCAGAACAUCCCCCUGACGGCACACUUGUUCAACUAGCAUCAUCCUUCUUGUCAAGCAAACCGUCCGUCAUGGCCUGGAUUGAAGCGUCAUGGGUGUUCGGUCGACCACCAGUCAUCCGCCACGGGUCCCGUGAUGCGUUCUUGAAAGACGGCCCCCGUCUACCAUUACGUCUUGAUGCGCAUCUGAAGGCCGCUUGGGAAACUGCCUGGAAGACAUUGAUGCAGCUGUCAAAAAGUCUGGAUGCAAUCAACUCGUCCUGGGCGCACGUUCUCAAACAGGAACCCAACGAAAUAUGGGAGCCAAGUAUAUCUGCAUUCAAUGAAUCCUUAUUCUGGCAACGAAUAUCAGGAGCCAAAGUUGUUGCGCGAUUCGAUGCAGAGGUCGACCCUAGCUUUACCUCUAUUCAUCUCAAGACGCGGAUCUCAAGCGAUGGUGCCCGUCUCGGUCUGAUUCGACUACACAUCUCACAACAUGAGGGUGCUUGCAGCGCCGUCUUGUUUGAACUAUGGUCAAUGGAGCCGAACGUGAAGUUGAACGAGAUCAAUCUGAGGGUACCAAGAAGUUGCCUCAAGCCCUUUCUCUACAGCGGCGACUUAGGAGCUGACGCCCUGCUGCACUCCUUUCAAUGCCCCGUGGCUCUCACGGCGGAUCUUCAACGGGCUGUUGCACCCGGGUGUGUGGUCGAUAUUCGUCUCUCGGAAAGCGAUUCGACGAACUUUUGUGCAGAUAAUGCUACCCAGUUCAUUGACUUCACAGGAAAUGCCUGGCGUCAUGGGCCGUUCAAAUUUGGUCUCGAAGACUUCCAAUUCAAGUACGACAUCCAAGUGUCAGACACGGGCCGAUACUUGAUGACAAUACACAAAUCUAACGGACUGGUCGAUGUCGCCCCAGGAACCAGCUGCCAUCUCAGGCUUGUCACUGUGUACGAGGACACAAGCAUUUCGACGAGCCCACGCGCAUCGUACCGCCACGUCGCGUCGUUGGCAUUCAAGCCCGUGUAUACGAACGACAUGGAAGGGGAGUGGUGUGCGCUUUUACACCCCAAAUACCCAAUUGUUGUCAUUAAAUUUCGAUCUCCCAUAAUAGACGACACAAUGAAGGCGCAGUCCACUUUGGGAGUGUACAUGGAAGACGGGGCAGGGAUUUGGAAUUUUGAAGCGCCGGGGAAACGAAGAUUCAGGUAUAUUGACUCAUGCCCCGAAAAGCUUGUCUUCGACUAUGACGGCCAAUUCUUUUGCAAUGAGCGCCUCAACGACUGGGAUCCCAACACACUCCCUGACGUUUAUGACGGUCACCAAAUUACAGAGAAAUUGACAGGUGACGAUGCUCUUGGACAGAUCGCCUCCCCUGGCAAGGUACUCGAUUCUCGCCUCCCGUACCGAACGAACAAGCCGCCAGUGCAAAAGUCGCGAGAAUUGAGCUGCCACGUAGACAAGUCAGGAUUACGUUCCGUGUCACAGCUAGAGAGUUCAGAAGGGGGCGUUGUGCUAGCGACCCUUCGCGAAGACGGUGUCAUGGAAGCUGAGAUGGUUGCUCGACUCCCUCAAUCAAUCUCGGGGGACCACCAAGCAAUCCUGCUAAACUUGGCUGACGAUCAAAGCCCUUCGAGUCGAGUUCUUUUCUUGGAUCGGGAAGAUCGGCCCUUCAAGACAUACAGCAUCGCUGCUGUCGGUGAGACAAAGCCGACAGAGCAACUUCCUCUGGUUCUGCGUCGAGCUCAUGAAACGAUACCAAAGGUGAUGAGUGAAGGCAAGUAUGCGGCCGAAGGGUUUGAUCUUGAGCACAAGGCCAAGAAAAGGCUGUCCUGGUUUACAGGCGAACAAGUGGCCAAAAGAAGACAUACAGACAGCAAGACUUCCGAGACAGAGACAGGUGAGCACCGCGAAGGAUGA